AUGAGCCGAAGAGGACCUACGGCGAAAUACAAAACGAGGGCUGAGAAGAAUGCGGCUCGACGGCUCCGCUAUCAGCAGCGAAAGCGAGGUCCACUGCCGUCUCGGGAGUCAUCAGUCCCGGGACGUCCACGAACGCAGCUAGAACAAGUCGUUCGCAAACCACACAAGCCGAGACGAGAGGAAAAUUCAUCUCCACAGACCGGACCCGGCAAUGAGCGUGCGGCUGCUCUAGAUACACUUGAUGCGGGGCCUAUACCAGAGCCACAACUCACACUGGAAGGCUCGCUGCCUUUAUCCAACGAUAAUGAUUUCUCGCUGGAUGAUCCUAGUGUGUUCGAUUCUGACGGCGGAAAUGCUCCGCAGCAGGAGGAGGCAAUUAUCAACGAUAACCCGUCUGCUAAAGCGAUUCCAGACGAUAACGAGCCCACUGAAGGCCCAAUCUCCGCCAAUGACCACGAACCGAUUCUAUUCGACAUUCCCGAUGUUUCAGCAGAUUCAGACACUGAUGCUUCGGCGGAUAGUGCAUACGGAUCUGAUGAGGAUGACGGCGACUACCCACUGUCCGAUCCGUCGAACAUCGAGACUGCGGACACUGAUAGCCUUGGGGUGCGAAUAGCACGACAGAUACUCCACUUCCAGGGCUGUUGCCCGGAGUGUCAUCAGCGGUCAAUGGAGCCGCCAGUUAGCCAGGAUGGAUCUCCUCUCGCAACUAUCAGGCUGGGCGACCUGCAGAAGUGGUCUUGCCCCAAGGUGCUUGGUACUCCACGACUCGCCGAUGCAGAGACUACCUGGACGAAAAAGUGGUCUGCGGCUGACCGCCGAAGACUAUUCUGUGGCAUUUGUAACGAUCAUGUGACACCUCCAGUAGUCUUACUCGCAGAUGAGGAAGAACAGCUGAUGCCGCCAGACGUUUCAUUCGACACUGAUAGUGUCACAGCCUUUGUAGGCAAUCUCGCCGCCGCGCGCCAAGGCAUUCGGUGGCAACCCGUUCAGCGGCCGGUGUCAGACCUACAGUCAUCCCUCCACCUCGAUCCGUUACCGGUGGAGUAUACCGACCGUCAUAGUGGCUGUAUUCGCCGAACCCAUAUGCCCGUCCACAAGAUCAAGCAUUAUACACUGGGGCGAGUUGUAGCCCUUCAGGAGGGAUACUCAGGGCACUAUCUUCAACACUAUCCUUCGAGCUACGCUCAUGCCUCUAUGAACACGUGGGCGGCUUGGAAGGAAGCGCGCUCUGUAACCACCCAAACGAGACAGCAGCUAUUAAAUCACAUUCUUCCGCCGGACGGGCUUGCAGCUGUAUGGACGGCCGUACUCAAGAUCAUCGAGCAGAAGGAUCUCCAACAAUUUCGACACAUUCACCUCCUCCUGGAUGCCAAGAACCUCAAGGUGGCCACGAAGAGUAUGACCUGGUCUGGUAUGCAGCAACGAUUCGAGCAAACCUGGACUUCAACCAUCGAUCCGGAGCACGUUAAAAUCAUGUAUCGAGAUAUUGGGAAGGAAAUUUGCCCGAAGCUCCCUGCCCCCGAUCAUACCCCCGAGCUACUCAACCCCGUGGAGCCUCUCACAUUUAUGUGGCGUCGAUGCUGUCUUGAAAAGUAUCGGGCAGAUCAUCAACCCCCAGGCAGUUCCUCAUCAACUUUUUUUCCUUUCUCCUUUUUACGUGAUAGUGGAUCACUCACCCUGGAGACUCGGCGAAGGUCAUCGCUUCGAGCAGACGGUCUUUUUUACACCCAGUUCUACGAUUCGGUGAAAGAAGCCCUAUGCGCGGGGAAGGUGUAUCCUUUUAGCAACCGUAUGAUAGAGGCCAUUGCACUGGAUUCAGACGUGAAACAGAAUUGGGAGCAUUGCGGACGGGCAGCCAAGCAGAGUUUGAAAAUUCUUGCGGAUGCAUACCUCCAUUCCAAGACGAGGAGCGCAAGGGCCCUUCAUAAUUCAAGAACCAAGUCGUUUGGGGUUCGGGAAGAAUACCGGCUUCGAACAGACCUUCUGCAUCAAAUUGACCAGGAGAUUGAGCGGCUCGGAUUUGCGAAUCACGUUAUGCACCUCCGUGGUAGACCAUCGCCGUGCACCCAGCCCUUUCUUGUCUAUCGUACCUCUACCAUCUUGGGUUGGCUGGAGUGGAAUAUGAACAAGCUCUGCGCGGGGUUCGAGAUGGUUUAUAGUCUGUCUCGGCGCGAUUUAGUUCUCUGGGAGCAUACGCGGCUUAUGUUGUUAUUCCUACGCAGUCUCCGCUUCUCGUUUGGCGGAAGGGGAAACCAGCUUUCUUGGAGUUUUGCUUGCUGGCAAGACAUUCGGGACCAGCCUCCGUCUAAUAACAAAUUUGAUGACGAGCAUUCCACAGACCCGGCCGACCGUCGCUGGGAGGGAGUCGGGAUGAAGGUUACACUAGAGAGGACAGGCUACGCCUGGUUCCUGGACAAGAUCGACUGGGAAACCAUGUUCUUUCACGUUGCCCACCGUCCGUACAUUCAGCUCCACACCCCGAGCGUCCUUGGCCGGUAUAUUGAACGAUACCAGGCCGUGCGUGGUGCUAAGCAACACUUUCUAGAAUUGGAAAGCUAUUUAAUGGCGCUGGAUACUGCUUGCUAUACCGCAGAUCCUGCGCGGAUCUACGGCCUCUUAUCCUUGUUAGUGGACUUCUGCCUGCGAGCGUUUCGAAGAGACGUAUUCGAGAGCGUCCAGUCUAUUAUCCUUCCGGCUAGUCGAGAAGCAGCGCUUGCUGGGUCCAUUGCUCUUUGUGGACCGGACCUAGAAGACCAUAUUGAUCCGGCCCACCUACCGCUCUUUGUCGCCCCAGGCCUAUCGCGCCCAAAUCCCCGUGGAAUAUCUGAUAUCCUACACCGGUUCUGGGAGCCGCAGCUAGGCUCUGAGCUGGACCCAGGUAUCACCGAAUACGACACCGACUCGGAACUGGAUGAAAGUCACGGAGUGCAAGACAGUUGCCAGCAGGCCGUUUUUCCGACUUUCGGAAACAAAACAUACAGGACUCUUUUUAACCGUUGCCUGAAGAGAAUCGGCCAUAUCCUUGGAAGUCGACAACAGCAGGCCUGGUGUGAAGACCUUCAACGCCGCUUCAUUUCCACACACUGGGUGCUUCCGUAUCCGAGCACGAAUUCUUUUGUUUCGAAGAUACAAGUUCGGAGAACGGGCAAAUGGAGAUACCGUUGGUGGUCUAGUUAUCACCCCGCGGUGACACAUGCCUUUCCAUACACAAGUGACGCUUUCCCGCCCCUAGUCACAGCGGCGGUGGUUUCCGAUCUCCCAGUAGACGGGUGGAUAGCCUCAAACAAAAUCAUGGAUAUUCGCAUUCAACUACCUCGAAUACCUUCUGACCUUUCCGCUUUCCUCCGCCAGCUAUCUGCAUGUUCUAUCCCGGCUCCACCUCUGCCCAAUGGGGAGAUUAUAUUUCCAGUCGACACUAUACGACCGCGAUUCCAACUGUCUAACCCGGAUGACCUUGUUGGCAACCUCGGCAGCUGA